AGGUCUCAAAAUGAUGGUCACGUUUUUAUUUCUUCUCGUGGGUCUGGCCUACGCGGAUCCCGGGGAGAUUACGCCAGACUUUGAAAUGAUCGGAUACAAUACAAAUAUUGAUGACCCAAAAUACAGGCUCUUGGACAAUGUGCAACCUACUUAUUUCCAUGUUGACCUUGACGUAUAUCUGUCUGAAUCUAGAUUCAAUGGAAUUGUUCAAGUUGAUGUUCAGAUUCGUCAAAACCUCACACAAAUUGUAAUGCACCAAAAUGUAGUUGCCAUUACCGGUGUGAAUGUCGUAGACGCUAACAAUCAACCAGUAAAUCUCCAAUUCCCGAAUAGCUUCGAAACUGACAGUUAUUACGAGAUUUUGAAAAUUAAUUUUGCGUCCACUAUCAUACCCGGUCAAUAUACGAUCACUAUCAGCUAUCUUGGUCGCAUAAAUGAAAAUCCUCAUGAUCGUGGUUUUUACAAAGGAUAUUAUUACGAUGGCAAUGAAAAACGCGAAUAUGCCACGACACAGUUCCAACCUUAUCACGCAAGAAAGGCUUUCCCAUGUUUCGACGAACCACAAUUUAAAUGUCCCUUUGUUAUUUCAAUAACUCGUGAUGCCAAUCUUUCACCAUCUUACUCUAAUAUGGCCAUCAACGCUACCCAACAGGUAUCAACAGGCCGUGUUCGGGAAACAUUCUUGCCAACUCCCGCUGUGUCCUCCUACCUCAUUGCUUUCCACGUUAGUGAUUUCGUUGCUACUAACGAAUCUUCCAGACCUAACAGACCUUUCCAAAUUGUUUCUCGUCGAGGUCCUCUCGAUCAACAUUCUUAUGCUGCCGAAAUUGGUAUGAAAAUUACUGAAGUGAUGGACGAAUAUUUCGAUAUUGACUACUAUGAUAUGGGACAAGGCCAACCCAUGAAAAACGACCACAUCGCGUUGCCUGAUUUCCCAUCUGGUGCUAUGGAAAAUUGGGGAAUGGUCAACUACAGAGAGGCGUAUUUACUCUAUCAUCAAAAUCAUACUAAUGUUUUGGAUAAAAUUUUCAUCGCAACCAUCAUUGCUCACGAACUUGCUCACAAAUGGUUUGGUAACUUGGUGACAUGUUUUUGGUGGAGUAACCUUUGGCUGAACGAGUCAUUUGCCAGCUACUUUGAAUAUUUUGGUGCACACUAUGCUGAUACGUCUUUGGAAUUAGAUGAUCGUUUUAUUCUUAAUCGAGUACAAAGUGCUUUAAGUGCUGAUGCUAGUGCAGGUGCUACCCCUAUGAACUGGACCGAAGUAGCGAGUAAUCCAUCCGUCACAGCGCAUUUCAGUACAACAAGUUAUGCUAAGGGUGCUUCAGUCUUAAGAACAUUGGAACAUUUCGUUGGUUAUGAAACAUUCCAGAAAGCCCUGAGAUAUUAUUUAAAAGAUAAUGCUUACGGUAUUGGAUAUCCCAUAGACAUGUACAACGCAUUCAGAAGAGCAUGUUCCGAGGAUCCUACCUUCCAAACAACUUACCCUAAUAUCGACAUUGGUGUGGUGUUUGACAACUGGGUACAGAACCCAGGUUCUCCAGUAUUAAAUGUGGAUGUGAACAUGUCCACAGGUCAGAUUACUAUUACUCAGGAACGCUUCCAACUUUCUGGUACAGUACCAGAUACAAUCUGGCAUAUACCGAUCACAUGGACACACGGUGGAAGUCCAAAUUUCAACGAUCUUAAACCUAAGUUCGUAUUUACCAACAAGACUAUGACUAUUCCAAAUGAAGCUGGACACCGUUGGGUUGUGUUUAAUCUUCAACAUUCUGGACUCUAUCGAGUUAAUUAUGACGACCACAGUUGGGAAAUGCUUGCAUCUCAAUUACGUCGUAACAGAACUGUUAUCCAUAAAUUAAACAGAGCUCAGAUGACAAAUGAUGUCAUGUUUUUCCUCAGAGCAGGUAAAAUUAGCGUAAGGCGUGCGUUUGAUGUGCUCUCUUUCCUUAAAGAUGAAAGUGACUAUUAUGUGUGGAAUGGAGUUUUGUCACAACUAGACUGGGUUCGACGAAGGCUAGAACAUUUGCCUAGAGCUCAUGAGGAAUUCAAUACUUACCUUUUGGAGUUAUUAGAAGGGGCCAUUCAGGAAUUGGGAUACGAAGAAAGAGCAAAUGAGGCAAUUUCCACCACACAAAGUAGGAUGCAGAUCAUGAACUACGCUUGUCAACUUGGUCACGAGGGCUGUAUCAGCGAUAGUCUUGAAAAAUGGAGACAAUUCAGAAAUAGUAACAAUUACUUAGUACCAAAGAAUGCACGUCGUUACGUUUAUUGCACUGGUCUUCGUUAUGGUAAUGCUUCCGACUAUCAGUUCUUAUUCCAGAAAUAUAAUACUUCAGAAAACACCGCUGAUAUGGUUGUCAUGUUGCGCACUCUCGCUUGCACCAGAGAUAAUGCUUCGUUGUCACAUUACCUAGUUGAGUCGAUGCAAAAUGACAAAAUCAGGGUCCAUGACAAGACGAAUGCCUUCAGUUUCGCGCUUCUAGGCAAUCAGCAGAAUGUGCCAAUCGUUCUCGAUUUCUUAUACAGAAACUACGCAGAAAUGAGACAGUCAUAUGGCGGUCAAGCAAGACUUGAUGUUUGCGUAAGCGCUCUGGCGACUCACUUGACGAAUUUCGAACAUAUUGUAGCUUUCCAAGCAUGGCUGUACCGAGAACAAGUGGCUUUGGGUACAUCCUUCAAUUCUGGUGUCAACGUUAUUAAUUCUGCUUUGAACAACAUCAGAUGGGGAAACAAUGUCGCACCAGACCUAUUCACAACUAUUAGAAAUAGGAAUGCUUCAGCGACAAUUUCCGUAUCUAUAGUUUUACUAGCAGUGGCAUUAGUUGCUCACGUGUUCCAAUAAACUGUAAUAUUAUAAGUAUU